UGAACACACACUUUUUACUUGCAUUGAGUAUAUUCAUCCCGCAAAAUGUGGAUCAGAUUUCCGUAUUUGAUUCAUACACAUAAUAAGAUUUUACAAAAUUGAAGUUUCAUACAUGUAGCUAGAUGUUCAAAUGAAUACACGUAGAAUGUGACUGUUCAUUGUACAUGUGUACCGUAUGGGUUACAUCUCAAGUAAAAGAAAACUACAAGACAUUAAACACAUUGUAUCAUAAUGUGCUUUUUGCUUUGUGCUCUCAACAGGUGAUACAGUGCACCUGACAAUGGUCACGCCCACACCUUAUGGGGCGGGGUCUUCACAGCCCUCAGCAAGCAUCAGCUGUUUCCGUAGCAAUCCUGAUAAUGAUGUCACACUGAGCUUUGGCAGACCAUUCCAGAUAGGUCUGGUAGGAACUACAGUGCAGACAUCUACCACCCUCCCUACUGGCAGUAGUCAAUCAGUGAAUGGACAAAUAGUCACACAGGAUCUGACCACCAGUAACGAUGCCACUGGGUUGUUUUAUUGUGAAGGUUCCAGUAGAGACUUAACAACCAGAGUAUACAGCAUCAUCCACAGUGAGAACAGGAGGUUUGAGCCUGUUGAUGGCCUGGUAACGAAAACGGUCAACAAAGGAGAGGAUGUGACUCUCUCAGUCAUCACAGUUAAUUCCGGUGGCUCUCCUCUGUGGCGGCGUACAAGAAAUGGAGCUGUUAAUGCAACCUUGCCUAUUGCCAAUCAGGCUAGUUUCACACUGCCCACUACUGAUGUUGAUGAUGGGGAUCUAUACACUGUCAUCGGAUCUGCUGUUACUCUGGCUGACAAUCAUUUCAGUAUGAUCAGACUCAUCGUCAGAGACUGUGAUGCUGGUAAGUGGAAUCCGACUGACUGUGAAGGGGUGUGUAAUCUGUGCUACAAUGGAGGAGUGUGUAAUGAUGAGACAGGAGAUUGCAUCUGCCCACCAGGAUUCAGUGGACUAAACUGCCUCACAGGCGGGCUGUCGGUCUGA